AUGGCCUCUAAACGCAUGGCAUUAGUGGCGCUCACAGCGCUUUUGGGUACUAUGCCCACAGCGGGUGCGGUAACACUCAACGUUUCUACCGAAGGUGGCAAUGCGACGAGUUCCAUCAUGUAUGGCCUUCUCUACGAGGACGUCUACCACUCUGGUGACGGAGGCUUAUACAGCGAGCUAAUUCAGAACCGUGCAUUCCAAGGCACUUCUGUUAAUAACAAUCAGGGUCCCUAUCAAACUCUUCAGUAUUGGCACACUGGUGGAUCCGAUACUCUAACCCUUGACAACGAUGCCCCGCUGCUGACCAGUGCGCUUCCAUGGCACAUGCGAGUUGAUGUAGCCAGUGACGCAACUGGCCAAACUGGAUUCUGGAACGAGGGAUAUUGGGGUAUGAAUGUGACAACAGCAAGUACCUAUAACGCAAGCUUCUACAUUAGGGGCAGCUACACAGGCGAGAUGUUAGCUGCCUUUUGGAGUAAUACGACAAACUCUAUGCUUGGCAGCACGUCUUUCAACGUCAAUCAGACUGAAGCAGACGGUUGGGUAUCUUACUCACAAACUUUCGUACCAACAUAUUCCGGUCCAGACGAAAAGAAUACAUUCCACAUCACCUUCGAAGGAUCCAAUGUUGCAGGUGGAAGUAUCCGCUUUCAAAUGAUUAGCGUCUUAUCGCAAUCAUUUAACGGCUCUCCGAAUGGAUUGCGCAUGGAUCUUGCCGAGGCUGUCAAUGAACUCAAUGGCAAGUAUCUCCGCCUGCCCGGUGGAAAUAAUCUAGAAGGAAUUGCUUCUCCAUACCGGUGGAAAUGGAAUGAGACGAUUGGACCAAUCAUUACACGCCCUGGACGUCCAGGUACUUGGGGCUAUGUCAAUACCGAUGGACUUGGACUUCUUGAAAUGAUGCAGUGGUGCCUUGAUAUGAAUCUUGAGCCUAUCCUCGCUGUGUGGGAUGGUUUGUACCUUGAUGGAGAGAUAGUAGACGAGGCAGAUUUACAGCCAUACAUUGAUGAUGUGCUCAAUGAGCUGGAAUUUCUGACGGGGCCCUCUACAUCAGAAUGGGGUUCCAAGCGCGCGUCCUUGGGAUAUUCCGAUCCCUUUACAAUCAAUUAUCUUGAAAUUGGGAACGAGGACUUCCUCAAUGGGGGCAUUCCUAGCUACUUAGCAUAUCGUUUUAGCAUGUUCUAUGACGCAGUCAAGAACGAGUAUCCCAACAUGAAAAUCAUUUCAUCCAUCUGGGCAGGAUAUUUCACAGAUUCAUCGCUUCCUGUCAAUGUUAUUCAAGAUCUCCACGACUACUUGUCAGCAGAUGAUAUGGCUGCAAAAUUCAAUGGUUAUGAUAAUGCUCCUCGUACUUAUCCCGUUUUGGUUGGCGAGUAUGCCGCCAUCUAUGAUGCCCAGCAUACCAGUCCCAAUCAGCUCGACAAUCCGACAUUGCAAUCUGCCACUUCUGAAGCUGUAUAUUUCCUUGGAUUGGAACGAAAUGCAGACCUCAUCGUCGGUAUUUCCCACGGCGCGCUUAUUAAAAGUUUGCAUGACGAGCCGGACAAUGUUGCCAUGAUCAAGCAUUCCCCAACUUCGAUAGUACGGUCAAUGAGUUACUAUGCAGCAAAACUAUUUGCAACCAAUUUUGGUUCAGAAACCGUCGAGGUGACAGGUGAUGUUGCAUAUGGGCCGCUGUAUUGGGCUGCCACGAAGAACGAUUCCGGCACCUUCUUCAUUAAGAUUGUCAAUUAUGGUGGUGACUCUUCGACAACAGUUACCGUACUCGUGCCAGGGAAGACCAAUGUAGCCACAUUGAAGACCCUGAGCGCACCGGACAUGUAUAGCACGAAUACCCUGGGAGAUACUCAAAGUAUCUGGACGGAGACACAGAUCUCAGUGUCUGAAGGAGGUUACUCAUUUACAUUGAGUGGAGCCUACAUCAUGGCCGUUUUGGUUGUUUAG